CAAGUAGCCCGUGACCUUGAACCGAGUUUUUGGCGCCGUCGAUUUCGGCGAUUGCUUGCAGCAGAGCGUGAUCCGCCUAGUCUACUGGCAAUGUCGCCGGUCCGAUUUCGGCGAUUGUCUGCUUACAGCAGAACGUGGUCCGCCUAGUCUACUGGCAAUGUCGCCGGUGAUUUUACUGCUACUGUUGGUGCCCCUGGCGUAUUGCGAUGAGCACGAUCACAUCUAUAACGAUGGUGAAGAAGUGGUAUUAUGGAUGAACACAAUUGGCCCUUAUCGGAAUCGACAGGAAACUUACCCGUUCUAUUCACUUCCACUUUGUCGUGGACCCAAGCAGUCGAUUGAGCAUGCACAUGAAACUUUGGGUGAAGCACUUUUAGGAAUUGAACUGCAAUAUAGCGGUAUUGAUAUCCGUUUCAAAGUUAACGUGACAAAAACUCCCGUCUGCACCUUGAAUGUCGAUGAUGGUGUCUACGCCUCUCUUCAGAAUGCCAUAGCCAACCAGUACUGGUACCAAAUGUACAUGGAUGAUCUACCGAUCUGGAGCGUCUUAGGGGAGUCUGCUGGCCAUGCGGAAACAUAUAUCUGGACACAUAAGGAUUUCACCGUAGAAUACAAUGGCAAUCAGAUUAUCAAGGUUGUGCUAAUGAAUACUGAUUUAGUUCCGGUCCAUGUCGGUUCACCGAUUUCCUUCACCUACCAGGUCACAUGGAUCCCAUCCUCGGUGCCUUUCGAAGACCGUUUCAAUCACUAUUUGGAUUUCGAUUUCUUCGAACAUAAGAUUCACUGGUUCUCUAUCUUCAAUUCUUUCAUGAUGGUACUUUUCCUGGUUGGUCUGGUUUCCAUGAUUUUACUCCGCACUCUUCGACGAGACUACGCAAGGUAUAACAAGGAAGAUGGACUUAGUGAUUUAGAUCGGGAACUGGGCGAUGAAUACGGUUGGAAGCAGGUUCAUGGUGACGUUUUUCGACAACCCGCCUACCCAGGUUUAUUAGCUAGUGUCAUUGGUUCAGGUGCUCACCUAGCCGUCGUAUCCUGUGUCGUCCUUCUCCUGGCAGUAACUAAUCGCCUUUAUACCGAACGUGGAGGAUUCAUGUCUACGGCAAUUUUUGUUUUCGCAGCUUCAGCCCCUAUCAACGGAAUGGUGGGUGGAAGUUUGUAUGCACAGAUGUCUGGUAAGAAAUGGAUUCGCCAGUUCCUGUUGGGAUCCACUCUGCUCCCGAUUUUGACGUUUGCGGCGGCAUUCCUGGUUAAUUUAGUUGCUGUAUACUAUCAGACCAGCCGGUCAAUUCCCUUUUUGACCAUGUUGGCUGUGGUCGCCAUUCUCCUUUUCGUCAUUGUCCCUCUCAAUCUCGUUGGCACCGUAUUGGGUCGUAACCUGUGUGGUCAGGCGAACUAUCCUUGUCGUAUCAACUCCGUUCCACGCCCGAUACCUGAGAAGAAGUGGUUCAUGGAGCCCGGCUUCCUUAUCCUCGUGACUGGCAUGCUUCCUUUUGGAUCUAUUUUCAUUGAACUCUAUUUCAUUUUCACCUCAUUCUGGGCUUACAAAAUCUACUUCGUUUUCGGCUUCACGUUACUGGUUCUGUUGCUGUUGAUGGCUGUAUGUUCGUCCGUCUCUGCAGUAGGCACUUACUUCCUACUCAAUUCCGAGGAUUACAGAUGGCAGUGGACCAGCUUCAUGUCUGGUGCGUCCAUCUCCAUCUACGCCUAUCUUUAUUCGGCAUAUUACUUCAUCUUCAAAACUAAGAUGAAUGGCUUCUUUCAGACAUCGUUCUUCUUCGUUUAUAUGGGAUUGUUCUGCAUGUAUUUGGGCGUCUUGUGUGGCUCCAUUGCAUAUUUAGCGGCCAGUCGCUUUGUCCGGAAAAUCUAUUCAACCGUGAAAGUAGAUUGAUUGCAGCAAAUGGUCACAAGCUAUCGCGCGUGACUGUCCUAACCACGCAUCUUUAUUGUCAACUGUGAUCGUCCACCCACGUUUCUUAUCUGAUUAGCCUCUCCUGAAAAGGCCGAUAAAAUUGUUGGGUUUGGUUACGUUUGCCCAGUUCUCUGUGACCCAUAUUGUUUUCGCUUCAAGUUGCCUCACAACCGUCCAAUCGUUCUUCACCCUCUCAUGAAUCUUCUCACUUUUACCGCCUUCCAUACGUUCACACUGGAUUGAUGAAUGCCACUGAAGCACCUAUGAUAUUUUCUUUUUCUUCAUUUAUAGGUUUGUAAGUAUUGAAUUGACCGAGCUCCCCCGUCUUCGUCCUCGUUGGCCUCCACAUAUUUUGUGCAGCUCAUCUACUCCGACCCAUUGUUUAGUACACAGGGCUGAUGUCUAUCAGGCGACAGUGGACAUUAAAUGCGGUCAUUCAAUAACUCAACUAGAGUAACCACAGUCUCUGGACAAUAUUGUGUGAAUAGCUUAAGACUACUUGCAAUUUGUUACCAUCUACCAAUCUGCUGUCGAAUAGUAACAGUUUCA